GAGCCGCUUCCCGGCACUGACCGAGGGGGCCGGCGCGUCCCGGAGCCGAGAUCUGGCUGACCCCGGCCGUGAGGGAGCUCCCGGUAGCCGCAGCACCCCUCAGUACGGCGUUGCGGCAGGGUUGGAGCGACGCCUCGUACUGCAUCUCUGUCCUCCGGAAACCCGCCAGCAUCAUCGCGUACCGAUGAAUUCAAGGCGCUUCAUGACCGUCUAGUCUCCUCUGCUUUCAGGAUGCCGCUGCUCAGCUACAGCAUAGAAGCUGCAGAUUUGACUUGAGCAAAAAUUACCUAGGUGGGGUACCUCGUGGGAUGAGGAUGCUGCACCUACCAGAGUCUUAUGCAGGAAAAGGUGGACAAAUGAUGAAUCACUUCAUGAUUCUGGCACUACUGCUCCUCCUGAGGACGUGCUACACUACAUACUCACAGAAAGAACCCAAUGUGUUUCCAGUAACAUAUCUUAACAUUUCCAAGGAUCUGGAUCUUCAGCGGCUGCUGGUGGAAUGGGAUGUUGUCAAGUCAGCGCAUGAUGCUGAGCUGGCAAUAUCUUUUGAGAUACAAGUCCGUCGAACCGAUGAAGCUACUACUGUGUGGACAGAGUUUCGUAACGUCACACUUGAUAAAUUGGGAAAGCCUCUUCACUGGACAUGGGAUUCAGACAUACCUUUGGAGUGCAUGUCACAUGCUGUGAGAAUCAGGAGCAAGGCAGAAGCAUCAAAAAUCUGGAGUCAGUGGAGUUUGUGGGAGACUGUCCCAGGCCAGUACGCUUCAAAUACAAGUGGCCCACAAAUCUUUCCAAAAGAAAAAAUUUUAGCAGAAGGCUCUGAUAUCACUCUUUGCUGCAUAGGAGGGAAAGGUCGAACCAUUAAGGAAUUCUCUGUAUACCCAACUGUUGAUGUUUUCAAACAUACAAACAGUCAAGUCAGACUUCUCACUGUGAAAAAUCUGUCACAUGACAAAGGGUCUAACAUUCAUGUCUACUGUUAUGAUGAAGAUGAGCAGUUACAUCAGGCAGCUUUCUUUGUGGGUAAACCACCUGAUACACCUAAAGAUUUUUCCUGCCAAACUCAAGACAUGAAAAGAGUAACAUGUACUUGGAGAGAAGGAGAGACCUUUCUCUAUGGACAGAAUUUACCACGAUACACCUUGUCUGAAAUGUCAUCCGGGAAAACAGCUCUGUGCAAAGCAAGUUGUUCUAAGCAGUGCUCAUGCUCUUGGGAUGUAGGCCAGCAGUGGAUCUGGAAUGUCACACUGACUGUGGAAAACCCACUGGGAAUAAAAACUGCCACAGAUGUUUUUGAUAUAAAUCACAGAAUGUAUCCCACUGCACCUUUCCAGGUUUGGGAAGAUUGCUCAGAUACAGAAAUUACAUUACAUUGGAAUUAUGAAAACAAUGAAAUUGAACUCUUUUGUCAGACCGAAGUGCUCCAACCUGAUGGCAAAGUAGAACUGCACAACAGCUCCGUGGGUGACUCAAAGCGCAUCACUGUGCGUGGGCUGCGGCCGCACACGGAGUACACGGCCAGGGUGCGCUGCGGGGCGUCCGAGCACUUCUGGAGGUGGAGUGAGUGGAGCCAACCCCUGACCACCAGAACAAAGGAAGGAACCCCAUCAGGGAAUUUGGACAUAUGGAGAGAAAUUACACCAGUUCUGGGGGGGCGAAAUGUGACCUUGUUCUGGAAGCAAACACCAAGUUUUCAAGCAAAUGGAAAAAUUAUUUCAUAUGAAGUAACCUGGGAAAAAAUAGAAGAUGUCUCCAAGCCUGAAAGCAUCUCCAUUUCGUCAGUCAACAAUAGCACAAGGAUUUUCAUUGAUAACCAUUCCUACAGAAUCAGUAUCUUGGCAAAGAACAAUGUUAAUUUUUCACUUCCUUCAGUACUGAUCAUCUCUAGAGCUACAGAUAACCGCACUGACGAGUUUAAGGAAGGACAGGUUAAUGGUACAGAUGAUGGCAUUUUUAUCUCCUGGGAGCCCAGAAAUAUGUAUGACAGUUACAUUAUUGAUUGGUGUAACUUUCCCAGGUUGCACCCUUGUGAUUUACAGUGGAAGAGAUUUGGACCCAACACUUCCAGCGCUGUGAUCAGCUCAGCUGCUUUUGUGCCGGGGGUGAGAUACAAAUUCAGCAUCUAUGGAUCUGUUGCUAAUAGAGCCUCCUUACUGGAAAAGAAGAUUGGUUAUCUCAGAGAGCUGCCUCCUCAUCUUGACCCUAUUGUGAAAAAAGUUGACCUGACUCACAAUUCAGUAACACUCUCCUGGGAAUUUUAUUUCACAAAUGAGUCAGAACCUGGUUUUAUAAGAGGCUACCAUGUUUAUGUGUCACCUAUACAAGGGAACUGCAAUUUGAAAGGAUCAAAAAAGCACAUUCUUUCAGGUGAAUCAGAGCUAUGUCAAUACACAAUUGAAAACCCAGAAGAAAAGAGAUACACCUUGAAACAUCUGACGCCAAACACAAAAUACAAAAUAGUCGUUAAAGCAUUUACAGGGGGAGGAGAGACUCCCAUUGUUAACUUUAGAUACAUAGAUACACCAUCUAACCAAAACAUGCUGUACUUGGUAAUCCUGAUAGUGAUAGUUCCAACCCUAGUAGCAGCUAUAUGCCACUGGAAGAUGGAGUGGGUGAAGGAGUGCUGCUGUCCUGUAAUACCUAGUCCUAAUAAGAGUAAAGUGCUGUCAUUCAAAGAGUUUAAGAUUGAUUCUGAGAAAGUGCUGAAGAUAAAUGACUGCCUUCCUGACACGCUAGCCAUGGACAGUAAUGAUGAAGCUCAGAAAUUGCAUCCUGUUACCUGGAGCCCAUUAACUUCAACACCAACUGAAGAUAAGACUGAUGGUCACAAUUCUUCCUGGAUUUACCCUAGUGAAAAUGUAGCAAGAGACUUUCCAUCCACACCUACACCUCAAACUCAUACUUGUUUCGAGAAUUUUGCUUAUUCUCCACUUAAGGUUGAAUCUGAUCCCUAUCAAAUACCGGAGACACUGGGAGAAGGCAAGACAAGUCCGGCAGUGAUGCUGUACCAGCCACAAUGCUAUUUAGAUAUUUUUCAUCAGGAUGCAGCCUCAACCACCAGACAAACAGCUGAGAGAAAGACCAGUCUGAGAUACACCUAACUAACAGAUGAGCACUGCCUGGGGGGAGGCUUUGAUGUUCUAUCCUCCAGUGAGUCCAUCCAGUGUUUGGCUACACACCAUAAAUGAGAAUUUCUAAAACCACAACUUGUUUUGAUUAGGGCUCUCACAAGCCCAGCUGCCUAACUUCCAUUAAUAUGGCAAACCUGUUGUUUCUGGACUAGUUUUGAGUACUGAUUUACAGAGUUUCAUGUGUUAUGGUUCCAUUACAACUUACAGGCAUUAGAUGAGAUUUAUCGGCUGUUUUGUGGCCUGUAUUAUGCAGAAAGUUAAAUCACAGCAAUCUGUCACAGGCUGAUGCAGAGAACUUUAUUUUGCAGAGAUUAAAACUUUAUUCAUAAAGUAGGGGAGCAAAAUGAAACAAGUGUGAAGGUUGUGCUGCUUUAGGAGUGUAUUUCUCUUGCAGUGUUCUAUGUACUGUGGCCACCCCAGCCAAUGGGUACUGUGCUGCUGGGCACAGAGCAUUACCCAGCCUCAUAAUUUUGGGGGCUGGGUUGUAUUUUCUGUCUCUCAGAUGAUGUAAGGAAUCAUUGUAGAGGCAUUCCCCGCACACACAGCGGCUCAUUCCUAGAAGGUUCGAAGGAACUUUGACUUCCCCAGGAGUGCUGCCCACAGCACCCAAAUACAGUGAUCAUCCUGUGUCCUAACUACACCUGAUGUGUGAAAGAGCACAGAGUACAAAUUUUUAUAGGGAAGACCCUGCUUCUAUUUCUUCUUACUGGGGGUCCUCAGACUUCUGCUUUCUCUGCCUAAACACCCUUUAAAAUUGUCUUAACUAUACAUGGAAGAGAUGUAGGGACUUAGAUGGAAAGGAGUUAAUUUUCCAGAGGUGGUACCACAUGGCAUGGUCUCUCUGCUUGUGCACAUGAACUGAACUUUUGGCAUUGACCCUUGUGCUUCUGCAGCAGGCCCCAAUCAGCCAAUCAAGCAAUGGACCAAGCAACCAGACAGGCUGGUCAGAAGCACAGGUGUAUGAAUCCCAUUUGUGAGGAACGUCACAGUCAGGCUGCAUACCUCUAGAUCUCCCAACACUACUUCUGCAUGUGUUAAAAAACACAAAACCAAAAAAAUAUUUAUUGUAACACUCAGAAUUCCCACAGUAGGCAGCAGUGAAUUUGGCCUUUCAUUUUGAUUUCGGGAAGUCGUACAUUUGUAAUGAAGCAGUACAGUUGGAAUUAUAGCUGAAAGUCUCAUCAGAUUUACCUCAGUGCACAAGGAACCCUUUGGUUUUGCUUCCUUAUGCUGUUUGGAAUCUGUCACAAAGAGAUGGUUUCAACUUAACAGCACAGCAUAAAUGACUCUCAAAGGUGAAAAAAAUGAAGGGUGUCCGACAAUUCGAUGUUCAGCUAGUUUGCUAAAAUGCAGUUACUUGCCUUCGCUGUGUAUAACUAAUGAAUCACACUCCAAAAAACCAAGCAGCUGCAGACACUGAACCACAUCUAGUUUUUGAACUGUUGCUUACAGAUAUUGUUGUAAUGUCACAAGCUGUGUUGCAACAGGAAAACCAGUAAGACCUUGCACAGCCUGUGGGCUGAGACAAGCACUGACUACAAAUGGAGCAAUCUUCAGCCAUGAAAUGGGGAUGUAUAAAGAUACAGACAGAAAAGGGCAGAUAUGGCUGGAGGUGCUCAGUUCACACGAGUUCUGUGCCACGUCCAUCUGUGUGCUGUGCACGGGUGCAGGUGGCUCACAGACUUGAGCAGCAGAGAAGAGUUUGCAGCAUGGUCCUUCCUUUCAGCCUCCAGCCAGCUGAGUAAGGACACGCGGUGGGGCGCAUUCUGCUGAAUGGCAGGAACAGGGAGGGUAAGGGAGAAGGCUGAUGCUAUUUGACAGACACAUCCCAGGGAAACUUCCUCUCUUUAUCUUAACCUCUUCUUUGUGUAACAAUGCAUGUGAAAGCUUGAUACCACAGUAUCUUUGCAGAUUGGAACACUAGCUUCUCCAGAGUGCUUCAUCCCAUUUUAUGUCCUUGUGUAGCUGAAAAGCUUUACUGCUGGAAAAAAAGACAAUAAACAUAAGGAAGCUGCUUUGUCACAACCAAUACAAAACUUCUGACCUGUACAUUUCAGAAAAAGGUGUAUUUAUUUUAAAAUGUUGAAAAGGUAUCCUAAAUCAAGUUAUAUACUAAAGAAUUCAGACACAGAUGUCAGUCAAAAAAAUCAGAGUAUCACACAAAGCAUUUUAACAUUACGGCAGUUCCUCCUGCCAGGGGGACAGCUGCAACCUGGCACAACUCCCAGCUUUGAAAAAGCUGCUGUCACUGAGACCUGGCUGCAGCAAUUCCACCCAGGAAGUGAAUGAAGAGGUUUGUGGGUUCAGCCUGUUGUGCCUUCCUGAUGGUGGGGUGAGACAUGGGCCUGGCUGAGUUCCCACUUCUCAGUCCCCUGGGGAGAUCCUGUGCUGAUGAAAUCCCAUUAUCUGCUUGCAGUGACACUUGGCCACGCGUCAGAUUGCUGGGUGAGGGAAGGAGAAGCUGGCUGCUCUUUCCCUAUAAACCUUUCUGCUUCCUGGCUCUGAUGGGUGGUGCUCUGUGAAAUCGCCUGUGCAUAAAAAGCACACAAAUGGAGGAUUCCAGGAAGGAUAAUGCCUCUGUGCCAGUCAAAGAGCACAGUCUGGGAAACAGAACUGAAGAUUAGAGAAGCAUUUUGGCCUACAUGGCCUACAUUUUUAUAUAUUAAAACAUCUGUCUUGCAUUAAUGGUUGAAUGAGUUCAAAAUUAUUAUUAUAUUUUUUUUUUUUUAAAUAAUGCAACUUUCACAGCUGUUGUUGAAAUGCUAGUACUUAAACCAUCACAUAAUAGAAAAUCACUCUCGGUAUGUUAAAUUUUUAAAAUAAAAA